AUGCGAUGCGACUCGGGUGGUGCUGAUGGUGCUGAGAAAAGCAGCGCGGGUGAAUUGGCGGACUGUAUCCAGCAGCUUGCAGUCUAUGCAGCCUGGCAUGCUGCAAACCUGCGAUCCUUCUUGUGGUCUUCAGCAGAUCGUGACAAGCAGAAGGCGGAAGCUUUGGCGCAGCAGCUGGAAGGGCUGAUGCCUGCAGCCGAGGCGCAAACCAUCAAGGCUUUGGCCUUUCGCGCAGCCUGGUUUACUGCCAACCAGCGCCGGUUCAACUUUGCUGAUGCUGCUGAAGACCAAAGGGCAGUAGAGUUCUAUGCCGACCUACUGGCGAGCCUGACCAACCCCGAGCUGGCGAAGAACAUCAAGUCUUUGUCGUUGAAUGCUUCCUGGCAUGCGGCCAACACCCGAUCAAUGCUGUGGAGAGAUGCCCGCGAGGAUGCCUGCCGCUUCGAGCGCGACUGCUCGAAGCUGGCGACGCUGCUCCGGCCCCUGUCAGGGAGGCAGCAGCCGGAGAACGAGGACGGGGAGGAGAGCGAAGGAUUCCGGACCCCCCGAGAAACGGAGGAGGCGACACCCACGGCGCUGCGGCGAUGCGACUCCGUGUUGGACGAGAUCGUCGUAGCCUGGCAAGCCGUGAAAGUCUCCGAUGGUUCAACGGAGGCCUCGAGCUUCCUUUCUGCGGCCUCAGUUACGGUCAUGGUCUUCGACGUCUUUGGGAAGCUCCUCCAGGGCUUCCAGGCAGACAUGCGCAAGAACAUCGAGAUGGUCCAGCAGCACGUCAAGGGCGAGAUCUCCCUGGAGAAGCUCGUCGACGAUGAAGCCAAGGCUGAGGGCUCUCAUGCGAAGGCCCUUCGAGAAGGCAACGCCUCCAUGGGCUUGCUCUGGCUGUCCCGGAGCCUUCGCCUCCUCCAGACCAUGUUGGGCAAGCUGGACGCAGGGAAGGCGCAUGCGGCUCCGCUGUCCCUGAGCCGUUGUAUCCAAGCUGGCUACGAGACGUCUCUGCGGCCUCACCACAACUUCGUGACACGCCAGGUCAUCAGUGCUGCGCUCCUGGCGGCCCCGUCGAGGACGGAGUUCCUGGCGAAAGUGGGCGGCUUCGGUGGCGAUGCCAGUGGGGACGGUUUGGGAUUGGAGCAGGCCGCGGCUGCGGCCACGGCCAAGGUCACUGAGCUCCUGGAAGCCUUCACCCCGCCCCUCUCUCAGGUUUGCACGCACCUGCGAAGCCGCGGCAUCGAGAAGCCCUGA